AUGUUAUGCCGUUGUUUUAAAUUCGGAGCAGCUAAUUCUUCGAAUGCUACAGUCACGCCAGCUGUAAAGGCGCAAAAUUCCAAUGCAAAAGAUAAUGUAAUUUCACGAAUACCAUUAACAGAGAAGCAAAAAUUUGUGUUGACAAAAAAUUGGAAAGGUAUUGAUCGAGAAGUUACUGAAGCAGGUGUUGAAAUGUUUUUAAAGUUAUUUUCAUUGCAUCCGGAAUAUUUUGAAUUAUUUCCAUUUCAUGGUAUUGCUACUUCAAAUGAGGAAAAACAACGAAUGGAUGAAUCAUUGAGGGCACAUGGUGAAAAUGUGAUGAAAUUCAUUGGUCAAGUCAUUUCUAAUAUUGGAAAUGAUGAGAAAUUUUUCCAAUUAAUCGAUGAAAAUGGUCGCUAUCAUGCACACAAGAAACUUUUUAAACCAGAAUUAUUUUGGAUGAUAGAAGAACCAUUUCUCUAUUCGAUGAAAUCAAUAUUACGCGAGCGUUACACAGAUAAUAUGUGUUCAAUUUAUAAGACAGUAAUAAAAUUAAUAUUAUCAGAGCUGGUAAAAUCCUGUGAUGAUGAAUUGAGGAAAGGACAAACAAUAAAUGAAUAA